AUGAUGAUCUUUCGUGUUAUGCACGCUGUGCCAUACAGCAACCAAGCUCCAGUUCAAGAUGUAAUCGCCAAUUUACACUCAUACUUCACCUGUAACUUACUUAUUGGCCUAGCUGUUUUGCUCAGCUACAAACAAUUUGGAGGUCGUCCAAUCGAAUGCAUGUUACCACUGACUGGAAUAAGCUUUAACCGAGCUUGGGAACAGUAUGCAGAGAGUUAUUGUUGGAGUGAAGACACGUAUUAUGUUGGGUUUAACGAAACUGUGGAGCUAUAUAACGUUCAACAGAAAAGAGACAAGAAGAUUAGCUAUUAUCAAUGGAUGCCAUUCUUCUUGUUGUUUCAGGCAGCUUGCUUUAAGUUUCCCACGUUGAUUUGGAAGUAUUUUGGAUCGCAAUCAGGUAAGGAUAUUGUUUUAGAUUGUUUUUUUUUAAGUUUAGGUAUAAUGGGUAUCAGGAAAUCAAAUGGAAGGUGUAAAAUACGGACUGUGAAAGUAACGAGCGUACAUUUUAGGAAUGAGAGUUGGAGAAGUGUUGAGAUUAGCCACAAAUGAGGCGAAUUCAGAUCCAAACACUCGAAAGUCGAAUAUUCAAGCUUUGGCCGUUCAUCUCAAAGGCGCUUUGAAGUUUCAUUACCGACUGAAAAAGGUAAGCUUUUGUCUUGAUUUAUUUCGAAUAGAAACUAAUAUUAAUAAUAUGUCAGUGAAGUGAAAAUGAACAUGUUUUUUAUAUUUAAGUCUUUGGCCUAACAAUAAUCUCGAAAUUUAGAAAAACUUGACGCCGCAUAAGAUAGUUCGGUGUUUGAAUGUCAAAUAUUCAUCAUACUACGUCUCUCUCAUCUAUAUCAUCUCUAAGUCAGCCUUCUUAAUCAACGUGCUCUGUCAGACCGAACUUCUCAACCGAUAUCUGAUCCCAAGUGCUUCGAAGAACUUUGGCUUCUGGGCGUGGAUGGAUAUUUGGUCAGGGAAUCGAACCUGGGAGGAGAGCGGUCUGUUCCCUCGAGUUUCUUUAUGCGAUUUCGACGUUCGUGAGAUGGGACAAGUGACUACACAUACAGUACAAUGUGUACUAUUGUUGAAUGUGUUCACGGAGAAGGCGUUUGUCAUUUUAUGGGCGUGGUACAAUUGUCUUGGGUUUAUUACGCUGGCCAAUGUUACUUCUUGGAUGUACAACUUGUUGAAUCCGAGGUCGCAAGCUCACUUUGUAAUCAACCAUUUGGAGAUGAGUGGUGAUAAGACCUUUUCUGCUGAUACUCCGACUGGACUUACUGGUAAGGAUGGUAUACAGGUUUAGGUAUUAAAAGUAGAAAGAAAUACAAGAACUUUGUUUACAACGCGAAAAAUUACAAGAACUUUUUUUAAAAACUAGAAUAUAACAAGAACUUUUCAAAACUAAAAACGGCGAGAACUUUCUUUACAAAUUAAAAACUGUGACCUUUUGUAUAACUUCUUGUUUAAUCUUAAAUAUGUAGUACUAUAAUGUCAUCAUUUUUUAGACGUUCAAAUCCAAGUGGACAAGUUCAUCAACAAAUACCUGAGAAGUGACGGUAUCUUCAUCUUGAGGUUGAUAGCACAACAUGCUGAUAUUACAUUUACUACUGAUUUAAUUGCCGAAUUAUGGGUGCAACAUUACUUGAUCGAAGCUCAAAGACAGUAA